AUGGAUAGUAACGAAGAUGAUCUAUCAAUUUAUAAUCAACGUUCAUCUCUUCUUUCAUCAUCCUUAACAAAUGUUCAUCGAAAAGGAGCACGUCGCCGUUUAGCAAUUAUUUUUAUUGAAAUAUUUAAAUUAUUAGCUACAUCACCUAUCAAUGGUAGUCGAUUUGAUAUUCAACGACAGAAUCGUAUUCUCUUAUUUCCUUCUUAUGCUGAUCAAUUAAUUCAUAUAAGUGAGAAAAUUAUAUUUGCUUUUUUUGAAUCUGAUAUAUAUGGUUUAAGUUGUCUUACACUUGCUUCAAUUAUUCUUAUUAAUCCUAAUAUAAUUCAUCAUCGAAUAUCACUUUUAAUUGAUGCUCUUAAACUUGCAGCCAAUCAUUUUGUUAAAGCAAAUCUUUAUUUUGAUACACCAUCGAUAUUUGCUCUUUCUAUUUAUUCAUUAUUCUAUUUAUUGUGUUUAUUAUAUCCUAAUAAUCUUCGUCAUGAAUUUCAACCAGAAUCUAUACAAUCGAUUAAUAGCAAUGAAAAACCAACUAAUCGAUUGGGUAUUGAACGAGUUUUAUUGCCACUCUGUUAUUAUUUUAAACUUCAACCAAGCAUUGUUUGUGGUACAUCGGAUUCUGAAAAACAAGAGAAUCGCUGGCAAAAUGAAUCUUGGCAACAAUUAAUUGCAAAUGGUGAUCGUUAUGUUGUAUCUGAUGAUAUAUCUCCAUUAUUAUCAAAUGAUUUUAAGAAACGUAAAGAAGACGAAAUAAAAAAAUCUACAGAUCCAAGACGAUUUGAAAUUGGUCAAAUUAUUCGUAUGUGCAAUGAAUAUACUGAAAGUGUUUUACAUCCGAGUGAAAUUAAUAGUCAGAUAGUAAAGAAUACAAUUGAAAAACAAUAUGGAAAAAAACAUUCAACAGAUUGCUAUUCCAAUUAUUCAGAUUCAUAUUGUCAAACAUAUGAACAACAAUGGCAAACAACAAUACAAAAUGGUCAAAUGAAUCUUUCACGUGUUCAAACAUCUGAUGAAACAAAUCGACGUCAUAAUAAUAAUUAUACAAAUGGAACAUCAACAAAAAAAGAUUCAAAUUCAAAUAAUUCUAUUCAAACUGAUCAUAAUAUAUAUGCUAAAGUUGAAUUACAACUUGAUAUGUUCGAUUGUAAUUAUGAACAUGAUAAAAGAGAAUAUUAUGCUCAAUUAAUAAGAGAUUUUCAAAAGACAAUACCAAUUAAUGAAUUAGAUAAAGCAUUAAAAAAUCAAGUAAUAUAUAAAUAUUUCUUCAAAAAUAAAUAUCGAAGUUUUUCGAAUGAAUGAUUAUUAUUAGAAAAGAUUGUUUAUAAUUUUCAUUAGUUCUUCUUAUCAACAAACACCUGACAAAAAACAUAUCAAAACUACCGAAGUGAUAUAAUCUAUUGUAGAUUUCGACACGUCAUGUACGGAAUCAUAGGCCUAAAUACUGGAAAAGUUCGUGGAUUUUAUUGUCUUACGUGAGUUUUUUUUCUAAGUAUCUGAUUAUAUCCAAACAUUAGAUAUACUUAAACUUGUGCUAAAUACAUAAUAUGAAACUGAAAAAUAUCUAAAAUGUGAUUCAGCAUUUAUUCAGAGACAACAUCCACGUAGAUAUUAGACGAGGUUAGAUAUCUGACUUUUCGAUUUAAUUAUACAGUAACGUUCAAGAUGGAUUUGACGUCGUACAGAUGAUUUUCUUUUUGUUUUAUCUUAAAAGAAGUUUAAUGUAUUAAGAUAUAAAUUU